AUGUCAGAUGAUAACAAUCACCUACUCGAAAUGCAAAAGUGUCCUACUAAGCUCUCGUUCAUGUUAAUUAUAUUUACUAGUAUUCCUUCAUUGUUUAAUUCUUUCUUUUCCUUUCUUCCAAUAUUCACUUAUAGGUUACUUUCAUUCUUUUUACUUCCUUUCUAUCUUUAUGCCAGUCUUAUGUCAUCGAUUAAUCUAUCUUUCUUUCUUUCUUUUUUACUGCGCAUGUAUUGGUUAAUAUUUCUUUCUUUAUACCAUAUUCAUUCAUUGAUUGUUUUUUUUUCUUCUUUUUUCAUUCUUCUAAUAUUAACUUAUAGGUUAAUUUUUCUUUCUUUCUUUCUUUCUUUCUUUCUUUCUUUACUUAAAGAAACAGUGAACGAAUGCCCUUCUGUCUUUAAUUUAUCUAUCACCAUACGUUCAUAUCUAUCUAUCUAUCUAAGUCUGUAUAUAUAUAUAUAUAUAUAUAUAUAUAUUCUUCACUCAUAUCUGUCUAUCUAUCUAUCUAUCUAUCUAUCUAUCUCAGUCAGCUCAUAUCUAUCUAUCUAUCUAUCUAUCUAUCUAUCUAUCUAUCUAUCUAUCUCAGUCAGCUCAUAUCUAUCUAUCUAUCUAUCUAUCUAUCUAUCUAUCUCAUCUGUCCACAUAUAUCUAGCUAUUUCAAUACGUUCUUUUCUAUUUGAAUACAUUCUUAUCUAUCUAAAUACAUUCUUAUCUAUCUAUCUCUCUAUCUAUAUAUCUCCUGAUUUCAUCCUAUCUAUCUAUCUAUCUAUCUGA